GGCUAUGCGAGCUAAAGUCUUCUUAGUGUAUUCAGAAGCACUUUCGUCUAAUUGCACACGCCUUGCUCAAAUGAUUCAGGUCAUUCAGGACAAAUUACUUUCUGAAGUUGAGGUGUACAAUGCUACUGAAAACAACCAGAUUCCUCCACCUCUUCAGCGCCUUUUAACUUUUUUUGCAGAAUUGAAGCCCGAGGCAUCAUCAAAGGGGACACCUUUAUCUUUGAAGAUUGCAACUGCUUCUUGCAUGCGAGACAUGUAUCAUUAUGCUCGUGUUCGUGGCUUGCAUGCUCUCGAAUGCGUGAUAGACACUGCAUUGUCUCUUGUGCAAAGUGAGAAGCUUCAAGAAGCUUGUGAGGUUUGUCUUGGAUUACUUGUGUUGCUAGAAAAUACCGUCACUGGGUCUAUUGACUAGUCAUGAUUCAUUUUA